CAAAAAUCCACACACAACAGCCAGCCACCAUGGCAUCUCUCCCGCUUUCUUGCUACACCACCACCCAAUUCUCUAGUAGUAUCUCCACACAGCCGCCGCCGCGGCAGCGCUUCUCCGCCCAAACACCGCCGCCGACACGGCGGUUUCAGGUCAGAAGCACUGGUGGCCCAAAUAACGAGAAAGGUGAAAACAGCCCACCAAAUGGCGGGAAAUUCGACCGGAGAAAUUUACUCAUGGGCAUGGGAGGGCUGUACAGCGCAGCAAAUCUCGUCCCGACCGAUUCGCCGGCAUCGGCAACUCCGAUUUCAUCGCCGGAUCUCUCGAAAUGCUCGAGGGGGACAGAUCUGAGCACGCAGCAGCCACUAGACGUGAACUGCUGCCCGCCGGUUGUUGACGGAAUCACCAACUACAAGCUGCCGCCGGUGACAAAGAUGCGGUUCCGCCCCGCCGCCCAUCUCGCCGGAAAAGAGUACAUAGCCAAGUACGAGAAGGCGGUUGCGGCGAUGAAGGCACUCGACAAAACCGACCCAACCGACCCACGAGGCUACAGCCAACAAGCAAACGUCCACUGCGCAUACUGCAACCUCACCUACGAACAAUCCGAAGACUCCGACACAAAACUACAGAUCCACAACUCAUGGCAUUUCUACCCUUGGCACAGAUGGUACUUGUAUUUCUACGAGAGAAUCUUGGGCAGUUUGAUCGACGACCCCACCUUCGGUCUUCCUUUCUGGAACUGGGACAAUCCCCCCGGAAUGGUCAUGCCCGACAUGUUCGCGGUAACCACUUCUCCGCUUUACGAUGCCCGCCGCAACCUGGAGCACCUGCCGCCGGCGGCGGCGGACCUCAACUUCGCCUCAAAGCCCACCACCGACCCCUCCAAGAUAGUUACCAACAAUUUGACCACAAUGUACGGCGAGAUGGUCCGGAACGUCUCCAAGCUGGAGGACUUCUACGGAGCCAAAUACGUGGUUGGGACCGCCCCGGACCCAGGUCCGGGGACUGUCGAGCGCGGGUCCCACACGGCGCUGCACGUGUGGGUCGGCGAGAACACGCCCACCGGAGAAGAUAUGGGAAACUUCUACUCCGCUGGGCGGGAGUCGCUCUUCUACAGCCACCACGCCAACAUUGACCGUCUCUGGUCAACGUGGCAGGGCCUGAGGGGUAAAAAGCCCAAGGGCUUUAAAGACAAGGACUGGCUUGACGCCACCUACUUGUUCUACGACGAGAACAAAAACCUCGUCCAGGUGAACGUAAAGGACGCGUUGGAUAACGAGAAAAUGGGGUACACGUAUCAGAAAGUGGACAACCCGUGGGUGAACUAUCGGCCGAAGCCUAAAGUGAAGAAAUCUAAAGCCGCCAAGAAUUCCAAAGCGCCUACGGCUACCGAUACUAUAUUCCCGGUCAAAUUGGACAAAGUUGUCAAAGUGCUCGUCGACAGGCCUAGGAAAUCGAGGAGCAAAAAGGACAAGGAAGACGAAGAGGAGUUGCUUGUGAUAGAGGGGAUAGAGGUGGACAAUUCUAAGUUCGUGAGGUUCGAGGUUUUUAUUAACGACGAGGAUGAUAAGCCGGAGGAUCUUAGGGACAAGGCGGAGUUCGCCGGUGCCUACUCGCAAGUGCCGCACAAGAAUUCGACAAGGACGAAGAGUAAGAUAAGGUUGGGAUUGACGGAGCUGCUGGAGGAUUUGGACGUUGACGAUGAUGAUCAGAUAUUGGUUGCUUUGGUCCCGAAAGCCGGGGGAGAGGAUAUUACCAUUGGUGGAAUCAAGAUCAUUUAUGCUUCGUGAUUGAGAUUACGUUUUGUUUCGAGUGCUGAUGUAUGGUGUAACUUUUCGACUCGACCCGCAAUUGUUAAAAAUAAAUAAAAGAGCUAUUGUAUUGGUUUAUUGGGUGUGAAUUAUGUACUUCAUUCGCUUUGUGCAA